AGGUAUUAAAAAAGUGUUAUGGUUAGAGAGUGAUAUUGGAGUUAGAGAAGAGUGAAUCUACUCCUCCAUUGUUGCUUCUCCAAAAAUCAUCCUCAACUUCUGAAAUUAUCUUUAUUGUAUUGUGCCCAGAAUGGCUCUAUGGAUGGAACCUGGUUCAGAACCCCUUACUGAAACCGAAAAAGCUGACCUUGAUGCCAUAGCCGCACUUAAGGAAUCAUCUGCCAUUGAGCUAAAGGAAAAGGGUAAUGAGUUUGUGAAAAUGGGGAAAAAACAUUAUUCAGAGGCUGUUGAUUGUUACACUAGAGCUAUUAAUCAGAAAGCUUUAGGUGAUUCUGAGACCUCUAUUAUCCUUUCCAAUAGAGCACAUGUCAAUAUUUUGCUUGGUAAUUACAGACGUGCUAUUACUGAUGCUGAGGAUGCAAUUAAGCUCUCUCCUACUAAUGUCAAGGCAUUGUAUCGAGCUGCGAAAGCGUCUUUGUCAUUGAACUUGUUAUCUGAGGCCAAAUCCCAUUGUGAGAAUGGACUUAAACAUGACCCGGAUAACCAAGAACUGAAGAAACUUUUGAGGCAGAUUAAUUCUCUGAAGUUUGAACAAGAACAACGCCAGGCUCAAGUUUCCAAAGCUGUUGGAGAAGCUAAGGACCUUCUUUCAGCUAUUGAAUCUAGAGGUUAUAAGAUUGGGAAACCAAUGUUCAGAGACCUUAUUGGACUAAGAAAGCCAUUAAUGGAUAAGAAUAAGAUGGUUCAUUGGCCUGUUCUUCUUCUUUAUGCCGAGGUUAUGUCAAGUGAUUUUAUUGAGGAUUUCUGUGAGACAGACAUGUUUACAGUUCAUCUCGACAUGAUGUUUUCAGAAAGUGCUCCACCUUUGCCAUGGGAUACAGAGAACAAUUACACUCGCGAAGCUAUCGAAUUAUACUAUGAGGCUGCUUCAGGAGUUUGCCUACCAAAGAAAAAAAUUCUUCAGUAUCUCCUUGAGGGUACUCCAGCUUCUAAUGUGGAAGACAUCGGUGAUGAUGACAAGGACGCUGCUGAGGAUGCAAAUCUCGGUAUCUCUGCAGGCUCCUCAAAAUGGAUCAAAGUAAAUGAAAGAAGAACACUUCACAAUGUACUGAAAGAGCCUAACUUCAUCAUUCAAGGAAUCCCAGUCUUCUAUGUCGUCUCUAAAAAAUCAACCGAUUUCUAUAGAAAGUUCAAAGCCGGUUUAUGGACUCUUCCAUCAUGAGUAGGAUCGACUAGGCUUGGUGAGCUUACACUAUUUUAGUAGGCUCGAGAAGGAUAGGCUCGUUCGCUGCCUGCUUUUUUGUGACGGGAAACCCUUCUAGCACGGAUUUUCGUUAACUACAUACAUAGUUUGCUUUGGUUUAGUGUCAAAGAUUAGGAAAUUAUUGAAUUUUGCUUUUAUGUUGUCUUGUGUCAAAAUCUUCAAGACCCUAUACUAUUAUUUAAACUCUAGUAUUUACAUGGUAAAAAGUUUAGGUUUUUGUUGAUUUGAUUAUUACUUUCUAUAUGUGUAGUUGGUUUGUAUGAGCAGUUCAAGUAAGUUUGAGAAUAUAGGAAAAGUAUUAUUGUAUACAAGUUUGUUAUAAAGUAUUACAUCAUAUUUAAUGAAGUGCUAAAAA